UCUGACCCAAGGGUUUUAACUGCUGAACAAUUUGAAAAUGGAUGCGCCCAUGGAUUCGGACGAAGAAGAUUCGUUUGUCACUCUGGGGAGACCUCUUGAAAUAUACGAUGAUGAUGAAGCCAGGAAGAAACCAGUGUCUGUUCAUGAUCUCCCUGCCAAGGAUAGCCAUGGCCGUACUAGGUUUCACGGAGCUUUCACAGGUGGCUUCUCUGCAGGCUUCUUCAACACAGUGGGCUCAAAGGAAGGUUUCCGUCCAUCCAGCUUUUUGUCGUCAAGGUCCUCGAAGGGGGAAUCAGUGGCUCAGAGGCCAGAGGACUUCAUGGAUGAUGAGGACUUUUGUGAACAUGGCAUCGCUCCGAGGAAGUUGGCAACAAGCUCCACUUACACAUCAGAGGAACGAGGACGGAAGAGGAAGGUGAUGACAGCUGCUGCUGUCGCUGGUUCCUCCCUCAUCCCGGGAGUGGCAGAUGCACUCACUGACCUCAUCAUACCAGAUAGUGUACCCAUCGGAGUGUCCCUGCUGAGGAAAAUGGGCUGGAAGGAAGGGCAAGGGGUUGGACCAAGAGCCAGGAGGAAGAGGAAGAAGGACAGUGAAGUGAAGAAAGCUCCAAGUUUGAAAGUGUAUGGCUGUGCACUGCCCCAGUCUGGUAGCAGUGAGGAGGAAUCAGAUGAUGAGGCAUUACAGAACAUCACAUUUGCCCCGAAGGACAGGAACCCUGUGUCCUUGAAGGCAAAAGACAAUGUUCAUGGUUUGGGAUACAGUGGUCUGAACCCAAGAAAUGCCCUACCUUCAGGUCAUAUAAACCUGUUUUCCCCUCCUCCCGUGAAGGGCAAAGGACGCAGAGGAAUUCAAGGUCAUGCAUUUGGAGUUGGUGCUCUGGAAGAUGAUGAUGAAGAUAUCUAUGCAACUGACCACAUGUCUGACUAUGAUAUGACUAUGGGUUCCGAGGAGAAAGAUGAUAAGUUUGGCUGGACUGCCCCAGGACAUUGUGAGAAAGGAAAGCAACACAUUCCCAUUGGAUAUAUUGGGAAGCUCCUUGAAGGGUUUAGGAUAUCCUCCAAAUCUCUGAAGCCAAAGAAGGUUUUUAGGCACCCGCCUCUGCCUCCUGGAUUCCGCCUUGUACAUACGUUCCUUAAGCCACGUGGCUCAUCCUUUGCCUCAGGCAGCACAGACAAACACAAUGCCAUCAGUCGAGGGCUUGUCUUAGGAGAGACACCUAUAUUUCAAUCAGUAUUUGAUUUGAUACCAAAAGAUGAUCAGAAGAAGCUGGAGAGGGCCAAGGACCCACCUCUGCCUGGACCCCACUCUUCACAGCAGACGUCCAGGGAACACCUUGAGACCAGCCCUGGUGAGACCCCUGGCCACACCCCCACCACAGCUGUAGGAGUAGCUACAGGGCCGACACAGACAAUGUAUAAGGGAAAUCCCACUUUCCAGCCAUUUGCUAGGGACCAGGACAAACAGAGGAGGUAUGACAAGUACCUCAGCAACUUCAGACAAGGAAAUAAAGACCUGUAUGAGGAGGUUGUGGAGGGCAGCAUGACAGAGUGGGAGAAGGAGAGAGAGAAGGAGGAGUUUGCCAGGGCUGCCAAAUUGUACAAGCCCCUCUCCACCAUGAUGGCAUCGCGCUUCACCUCAGCCAAGUAUACUGAUGACCUGGACACGCCUGAGAUGCCAGCCGACCCUCAGGUGGAACAGAGUGACCAGGCCAAGGCUGUGGAAAUGAAGAUGUUUGGGCAACUGACACGGGAGCAAUUGGAGUGGCACCCAGACAAACUUCUCUGUCAACGAUUCAAUGUCCCUUACCCAUAUCCAGGGUCAACAAUCACAGGCCUCACAAGUGUGAAGAGAGACAAGUACUCUGUGUUCAACUUCCUGGAGUUCUCUGGUGCCCAUGCAGUCAACACAGAACAGCCCUCAGCAGACCCGGAACCAGUUAAAGCUAUUGAAAGUAAAGAGUCAGUGAGCAAACAGAUCACAAGUGAUAGUGUUCCUCAGAAACGAGGCAUGAAGUCUUUUAUGAUUGGCAAUAAGUCAAGUGUAAAGCCAGCAUUUAGUUCCAUCUUCAGCGUUCUGUAUGAGGAUGAUGACAAGAAGCAGAAGGCCAAGCAAGCCCACAUGGAACAGGAGAGAGUCAUGGAAAGUGUAGGACACCAAAACAAGGAGAGAGGAGAGACACAGAGAGAUUCACAGACUCGGACAAACAUUUCCAAAGGACAUAGUGAUGUACCAUCCAUGGAUCUCUUCAAAGCUGUUUUCAAAAACUCAGAUUCAGAGGACAGCUCUUCUGAGUCAGAACAGGAUCAGAGUGAAACCCAACCCGAACCAGUUGCCAUGGAGGUGUCAUUAAGUGAAGGGAAUGCAGAAAUGGAUAUUGGAGAUGGCAAAUUACCAGUUACACAGGAUACAAAUAGUCAUACUCGACACUACCUCCCUGGAGCUCCAGUUGCCAUAGAGACAGUUCCACAGCGUCUUUCACCACUGAUGUCUGACACACCACAGUCAGAGGAUGAGAUGGCAUACGGACCUGCUCUACCUCCUCCUCAAGGUAGUGGGAAUGCUGUAUCAGCCACUGCAUCAUCUUGCUCUCAGGCCGACCUGACACACGCAGCUCAUCACCAACACAGGCAGAAACAUAAAGACAGGGAUAGCAAGAAGCACAAGAACGAAAAAAAGGCCAAAUACAAGAAGAGUAAACACAAGAAGGAGAAGAAGAAGAGGAAGAAGAAGAAAACAGAGAGGAAAGUGAGCUCCACUGAGGAUUCUGACACCUCAGGCUCCAAGAGUGAUACAGUUGGGUCCUCAGACCACCAACUCCUGGAGAGACUGAAGUCUCUCGAAGGAAGUAGACUAAAAGCAGCAGACUUCAUGUAACCCAGCGCUUACUGGCUUGCAUGGCAUGUGGAACCCAUUGAAUAAAUUAAUGAUGUUUUUA